AUGCCCAGUGUUGCUGAUGAGCUCGACUCGACCGAGGUGCCGGGCGUCGGUCCGCGGCGUCUUGUCCUCUGCUUCGAUGGCACGGGCAAUUCAUUCCUGGGCACCGAGGCCGACACCAACAUUGUCAAAAUCUACCAGAUGCUGCAGCGCCACACGGACGAUCAAUUCCAAUAUUACCAGCCCGGAAUCGGGACCUACAUCAAGGGCCAGUCCAAAUGCUCGCGGCGCAGCAUCUUCGACCUAUGGCCAGCCAUCAAGUCGACGAUCCUCAAGGCCGUCGACCAGGCCAUCGGCACGUCGUUCGAGGAGCACGUGCUGGCCGGGUACAAGUUCAUCAUGAAGCAUUACUGCCGAGGCGACCACAUCUACAUCUUCGGCUUCUCACGGGGCGCGUACACAGCGCGCUUCCUGGCCGAGAUGGUGCAGCAGAUCGGCCUGCUCUCUCGCGGCAACGAGGAGAUGGUGCAGUUCGCGUGGGAGACCUUUUCCAACUUUCAAAACGCGUCGGGCAACGACCCGCAGACGGACGAGGACCGCAAGCUCUACGACUACAUGGGCAAGUUCAAGGACGCCUUCUGCCGGCCCAACGUGCGCGUGCACUUCCUCGGCCUCUUCGACUGCGUCAAUUCCGUCGGCCAGUUCGAGAUCCCCCUCUGGCGCAUGAGCUACCAGUACAUCGCGACGCCGGCCGCCACGCACAUCCGCCACGCCGUGUCGAUUCACGAGCGCCGCCUGAAGUUCAAGCCGGCCCUGUUCCACUUCGACGACGACGCGAAGGUCGAUAUCAAGGAGGUGUGGUUCGCCGGCAACCACGCCGACGUCGGCGGCGGCUGGGGCCUCGUCCCCGGCCAGAAACACCUGCUGUCCGACACGCCCCUCAACUGGAUGGUCCAGGAGUCGCUCAACCUGCCCGGCUCCGAGAGCCGCCUGGCGUACAAGACGACGAACGUGCAGGACGUCGUGCGCGCCGAGAAUGCCUUCCCCGGCGUCGAGAAGCCCGGCACUACGGCUUUCGACGUCCGCCGCAAGACGAACCAGCCGCACGAUAUGCUCAAGUUCUUCCACGGCGUGGGUGUCUUGUCCGUCUUGCUGUGGUGGAUACUCGAAAUCCUCCCCAUCUUCUCCCGCCUCGAGCUCGAAAAGGGCAAAUGGGUCCCACGAUUCUGGCCGCCCAACCUCGGCGCUCCCAGGGACAUACCCGUCGAAGGCGAGCUGCACCCAUCCGUCAACGAGAUGAUCAAGGCCGGCAUCCUCGACCCCAAGUCCGUCCCUGAGAAAGGUGGCGACAACCCCAUCGUGCUGCCCAACGUCGGCGUCGCGGAUGCGCUGAGCGCGUGGAGCCAGGCGGCGAAGCGGAGGGCGGCGGAGAGGAGGGGCAGUGAGGAUACGCUUGUGGAGGGGUUGGGGGAGAAGGUGGGGGAGGGGUUGGAGGGAGUUAAAGAUAAGUUGGGCGAUGGGGUGGAGGGGUUGAAGGGGGGUGUGGAGAAGGCGAAGGAUGAUGUGGAUAAGCUAAAGGAUGGACUUGGGGAGAAGGCGAAGGAUGAUGUGGAUAAGUUGAAGGAUGGACUUGGGGAGAAGGUGGGUGGGAUUGGGAAGGGGGUGGAGGAUGGGGUGGAUAAGUUGAAGGGUGAUGUGGGUAAGGUGGGUGAUGAGGUAGGUGAGAAGUUGGGUGGGCUGGGCAAGCUGGCUGAGAAUGGGACGGACAAGGUGAAAGGUGAUGUCGACAAGGUAAAGGAUGACCUGGGUGAUAAGGUGAAUGGCCUUGGAAAGCUGGCUCAAGGUGGGCUGAGCUCGUUGACGAGGGGGUUGCGGGCUUGA